AUAAAAGAGCAGCAGAACAAAAUGACUAUAUUACUGACUGCUUUAAUUAUAGCCGAGCAUAUGGUGGGAAAUAACAAAUAUGGAGAAAGUCAGUCCAGCAUUAUCCUCCAUCUCUGUGUGGAUCAGCUCCUCCCCCAUGCGUGCAGGGCUUCAUUUGAUGAAAUCCUUCAACUUGGACCACUUUUUUUUUUUUACAACACUGCAUUUGAGCAACGCCACAACUUGCGCAGCACUUCCUCUUCCACAGCCGAGUGGCAAUUUACACCCCGAAAAGACAAAGAGAAGAGUGAGGGAAGAGAUCGUCUUGCAUCCUCAGCAUUCUUCUCUGCCGCCAGCGAUGGACAGGGAGGUCAUAUUUCGCCCAAAGUGGCACAGUGCGUUUUGGUUUUUGAUUUUGAUGAUGCUCUGUUUCUUUCAUGCCGCCAAAGCUGAGAUAACUUGCAGGUCGUGCCAUUUUGGGAAUAAGUGGCGUGCACAGGAAUUAAUGCUGAAAUUCGACACAAGUGAAUCCACAACUGGAUUAGAGAGAGAAGUUUUUGGACACGGAGACGGGGCAGUGAGAUCCGGGGCGGCAAGUGCCGAAAGUCGGCGGCUCCGUUGCGCAGCAGGUUCCGCUGAAUGCGCUCCAGAGAUUCGGGCGGAAUACGCGGAGCCAAGGCUGCAACGGAAUACAGACACCCGGCACGCAGAAGGCGAUACUGGCGAGAGCGAGUUCGCAAAGAUGAAAGUUUCCAAUGUCAAAACGAGUGGUGAGCAGAAGACCAGCGCUGGGGCCACCCGCUACAGAAAGCGCGCCAGAAGGAACAGUGAUGAUGAUGAUGAUGAUGAUGAUGAUGAUGAUAAUAGGAGAUCCGCCGGUUCAGCCCAAAGUCAAGACGCUGGAGAGGACAUGCGCUCAGCGGCUGGACGCAGAGUGACCCGCUCUGAAUUGCGCUGGAGCGGAGCGGAGCGGAGAGCUGCCGGUCCGAAGCAAGAGGAGCUAAAACUCAACAGUUCAACAUUCGCCUUGACCGGGGAUUCAUCUCACAACCAGGCUAUGGUGCACUGGUCCGGGCAGAACAGCAGUGUGAUUUUGAUGCUGACCAAACUCUUUGACUUCAACCUCAACAGUGUGACAGAGAGUUCAUUAUGGAGGUCAACUGACUACGGAGCAACGUACCAGAAGCUGAAUGACAAAGUAGGAUCGAAGACAAUACUCAGUUAUUUGUACGUGAGUCCCAACAACAAGAGAAAGAUCAUGCUGCUGACUGAUCCGGAGGUGGAGAGCAGUCUCCUGAUCAGCUCCGAUGAAGGCGCUACCUACCAGAAGUACCGGCUGAGCUUCUACAUCCUCAGCCUGCUCUUCCACCCUGAGCAGGAGGACUGGAUUUUGGCCUACAGCCACGACCAAAAGCUCUACAGCUCGGUGGAGUUUGGGAGAAAGUGGCAAGUGGUGCACGAGAGAGUGGCCCCCAACCGGUUCUACUGGUCAAAAAUGGGUUUGGACAAAGAGCCGGGCUUAAUUCACCUGGAAACCAGCAUCUCUGAAGGACAGGCGCUGUAUGUCACCUGCAAGCUGCAGAACUGCACCGAUGCCAACAAGGGCAAACCAUUCCCCGGCUACAUUGACCCCAAUUCUCUGGUGGUACAAGAUGAGUAUGUCUUUGUCCAGGUGUCAGCCGCAGGGAGGCCGAUCUACUAUGUGUCUGCUAAAAGGGAUGUCUUUACACCAAUGAAGCUGCCCAAGUACACACUUCCCAAGGACCUGCAUGUGAUAAGUACGGAUGAAAACCGAGUGGUUGCAGCGGUACAGGAGUGGAACCAGAAUGAAACCUACAACCUGUACGUGUCGGACACGUCGGGGGUCUACUACACCCUGGCUCUGGAGAAUGUGGUCAGCAGCAUGGGCCCUGAGGGCAACGUCAUGGUCGACCUCUACGAGGUAGCGGGAAUAAAGGGGAUGUUCCUCGCCAACAGAAAGACGGAGAACCAAGUGAAGACGCACAUCACCUACAACAGAGGCAGAGACUGGAGUUUACUGCAGGCGCCCAGCAAAGACCUGAGGGGCAACAGCAUUCACUGUGUGCUACCAUACUGUUCAUUACAUCUCCAUCUCCACGUGUCUGCGAAUCCCUACACAUCUGGAAACAUAGCCAGCAGGGACACAGCGCCGGGGAUCAUUGUAGCAUCAGGCUCCAUCGGCUCAGAGCUGUCCACCAGUAAUGUCAGUGUGUUCGUCGCCUCGGAUGCAGGAAACACAUGGAGACAGAUCUUUGACGAGGAGUAUGCACUGUUGUAUCUCGACCAAGGAGGAGCCUUAGUCGCAAUAAGGCACACUCCGCUUCCCAUCCGACACCUGUGGUUGAGCUUUGAUGAAGGACGCCAGUGGAACAAGUACAGCUUCACCAACACGCCUCUGUUCGUGGACGGGGUGCUGGGAGAGCCUGGGGAGGAGACUCUCAUCAUGACGAUAUUCGGCCAUGUCAGUCAUCGCUCGGAGUGGCAGCUGGUGAAAAUCGACUUCAGGUCCAUCUUCAACAGGAGGUGUACAGAGGCGGAUUAUCAGACGUGGCACCUACACAACCAGGGCGAGCCGUGCCUCAUGGGGGUGAAAAGAAUCUACCAGAAGCUGAAGCCCACGUCCAGGUGCGUUAUGGGAAAGACGUACUCCGUGUCAAUGACGUCGGGCCCCUGUGAUUGUACAGAGGCUGACUUUGAAUGUGAUUAUGGCUACGAGAGACGAACCAACGGCAAGUGCACCCCCGCCUUUUGGUUCCAUCCAUCAACGAUGUCCAGGAGUUGCACCACAGGGAUGACUUUCCUUAACAGCACCGGCUACAGGAAAGUGGUCUCGAAUAACUGUACAGCUGGAGUCAGUGUGGAGUACACAGCCAGGAGGCAGCAGUGUCCUAUCCAAGCACCCAAAGGUCUCCACUUGGUCACCAGAGAGGGAACGCUGACAGCCACACUGGGCACCAACGUCACCUUCCUUGUCUUUCUGGAGGAGGGCGACGGGGCGCGGACAAGCAUCACGCUGGACUUCGGAGACGGCCACGCUCUGACCUACUCCAAUGUGAGCUCCAUUGAGGACGGGAUCAAACACAUCUACAAAGCUGUGGGAAUCUACCGGGUGACUGCCACCGGGGAGAACAUCCUCGGCUCAGAGACUGUCAUGCUCUACCUGCACGUAACAUGUCAGCUGGAGUACAUCCAUCUCUCAGCUCCCUUUGUGGCGGUGAGGAAUAAGGAAGUGAACCUGACUGCUGUUCUGUGGCCCAGCCAAGUGGGAACGGUCACCUACAUCUGGUGGAUCGGAAAUAACACAGAGCAGCCAGUAAUCACCCUAGAGGGUAGUGUGGCCUGCACGUUCUCCCGGGAAGGCAUCAGUACAGUCACUGUGCAGGUGUCUGCAGGGAAUACUAUUCUGCAGGACAGAAAAAACAUCGCUGUCCACGAAUAUUUCCGCUCUCAUCUGCUUGCCUUUUCAUCAAACCUGGACGACCACAACCCUGAUGUUGCAGAAUGGAGGCUGGAUGUGAGCCGAGUCAUCAAGAACUCUCUGAUCCAGGCCACAGGCGUAGCAGAGGACCAGCUUCUGGUCACCAUCCUCCCAGGUUUACCCACAGCAGCAGAGUUCUUUCUUCUUCCUGACAAACAGUUAACUGAGGGGAAAGCAGAGAAGAGCUCUGCUCAUUUAGAUCAGCUCUCUGAGAUUCUGCUCAGCUCCUUAAAUCAAAACCUUGUCCAGUUCACGUUGCGGCCAGGGGUCCAAGUCACCGUGUACGCAGCACACCUAUCAGCAGCGCCUCUAGUGGACACCAGCGAGAACCACAGUGGCUCUGCCAUGCUAAUGCUGUUAUCAGUGGUGGUUUUGGGUUUAGCUGUAUUUGUCAUCUACAAGUUCAAGAGGAAGAUCCCAGGCCUCAACGUCUAUGCGCAGAUGCAGAACGAAAAAGAACAAGAAAUGAUGAGUCCAGCUAAUCCAACAGAGGGCACACCCAGUUCGCAGCAGGACUUGGUGCAUUCUUUGGAGAUUCUGGACACAGAGUUUAACUCACGGCCCAUAGGAUGUAUGAAACCUCAUGUACAUGUGAAAUUCUCUACAGAACUCCCCACGUACAUCGUCUAAACUUUGGAUUGGAUUACCAUUCCAGCUGCGUCAUGGAUAUAUUUUUUUUUUUCAUUUGGGACACAAUGGUUUUGAGCUUUAUACCUGUGCGUGUUGGACCUUGCUGACACAUACUGUGCUCUGUUCAAACCAGAAGAGACUGUGUACAGGUUAUAAUUUUCUUUCAACAUAUGAUAGGAACCCAUACAAGUCAGAUACAUAAUUCAGAGGGAGCACCAGCAUGAUCUAGAGAGGGUAAAAAAUGAAAUAAGUAACACUGUUUUGGUUUUGCUUACAUAUCCGAGAUUGGUUUGCUGUUGUAUGAAGCUAACAGCAGUAGGAUAUUAUUUAUUCAUAUGAAUAUACUUUCAUGAAGUAUGUUAUUGAAGUGAAUUACACAUUUAUUUUGUAAAUCAUGAAUGUCUAUGUUAUAAAUUUGUGUACUUUAAUAACAAGUGUCAUACUAAACAGAAAUGUUGUUAUAAAAUGUGAAUAGGGUACUUCAAAGCUUUUGGUCCAUUGUCUCUUGGAACGCUGAUUAAUGGCACAAUACACAUUUUCUACUGAAACAUUUUCCUUUUUUCCAGAUUUUAAUUUAUUAACAAAAAUACGGGGUUUGGUUUUCUGCAUAAAUUGAACCUUUGCUGUUAAUCUAAUGCUUCUGGUACUAUUCAUGAUACAUACCAGUUUGUAAAAUGUGUUGUGCUUUAGAAUAAGUGACCACUCGAUGCUACGAUGCUACACUGCACCUUCAGGCUGCAAGUGAUCGAAUACAAGAAUUUACAAUUUUUCGGAAUAGAGGAAGAAACAGGAGGUAACAGGAGGACUAUCUCAAAAAGAAAAGUAUUCCAAAGUGGUUCGCAGCCUCACCCCCGAUCAAAGCCAAUAUCCCUACUGGAGGCGGAGUACAAUUUAUCAAAGCUCUGAUUCACGAUAGCAGAUGGAAUGAGAUACAACCACUUUGUGGGAGAAUCCAAAGAGCAUGGCGGCGAGAAAGAGAGAGAGGUGCUAAGAGAGAUGGAAGAGUGCUUAUUGGGGCCAAGACGCAUUCAGAGUGUUCUAUUGAACAGAAUAAGAAGAGGUUGCACUCUUGAAUACUUAAUGUGGCCAGUCAAGCUCAAGGCUGGUUAAGGUUGGUGACACAUUUAGGCUAAUGUCCCGACCCGCUCUCGAGUAGCACCCAUCUUCAUCCCAGCUCAUUAUAUCACACUGUAGGAGCAGGAGAACUAGAGCGCAGAUGCUACCAGGCUACACAGAUGGUUAGCUUGUUCGGAGGACUGUCAAGCCCCGUGGUACUGUGUGUGCGAAAUCUGACAGAUGUAAAUGCCUGAUUGAUGCCUUUCAAAUCUUCAGAGGCAACCUUUCCGGAUUAGUUUUCCCUCUUUUUAUUCUGUGGAGAUGUGGGAAUACAGGGAGAGUGUGGUUUUGUCAACUAUAGAUGCUCUUUUCUACGAUUGUUCAGUGGUGGCUGUACAGAAAUGCUCAUAAUAAAUAUACCCACAAUACAAUCAGUAGAGAAUGUAACUGUGGUCUGUACUGAGGAGCGAUGAUUAGACACUUGCCCGCAACACACACUGGCUGCUUUGCAUAGCGUUGCUUCAUUUGGUCCACUGAACACGAUGCCAAGUGAGGAGUAGUUUACAGCGAUUGAAUUCAGACGGGACGCAAGUGAAACACAAGAUGUUGAGGGAUAUUAGGGGAGGCAGGACUGGCCAGUAAUGAAGGAAUAUAUAGGGGUCACAAGUUCAAAAAGGAAUCCAGUUGACAGUAUUCAUUGGUAGCUCUGCAGUGAAAAUACCUGCCAAGAACAUCAUUAUUCCGAACCCUGGGAUUGCUCCUUAGAUGGACUUUAAGAUUGCCAGUAUGAGGUAAUGUUUCUCACACAAAGUCACGUAAACGUAUGAUGUAAGUGGAAGGUUGCUUACUGUACAAGAUUGGACUACCAACCAGGCAAUUUCGGAUUUGGCCCAGAGCCUUAGGGGGACUCGAGGACGCCAGGUUUACUGUGUAUGAAUUAGUUUGCGAUAAUCAAUUUAUUUCAAUAUGAGUUUAUUACUACUGUGUGUACCACUAAUAUUCAUUAUCAAUUUAAAUGACAAGGAAGUGUGUAGGAUUAGGGGGAUACAUUGAAAUAAAUAGAUUAUAAUAUUCAUAUCUAAAAUCUGUGUGUAAUCACCUGAAACUAACAAUUGCUGUGUCUUCGUAGCUUAGAAUGAGUCCUUCAUAUCUACAGUAUAUAGGGAGCGGGUCCUCACGUCUGCCAUGUUUCACCGCCAUGUUUUUACAGUAGCACAGUAUGGACAAACCAAACACUGGCUCUAGAGAGGGCCUUUCAUGUUUUUACACAACCUGAAGGCCACCGUAGUUCUCCGAAAUGCUUGGAAAAGGGGGUGAGCGCACACUCCUUUAAGGCCAUGUUUGCAUCAUUACCAAUUGCAAGGCCCCAUCUUGUACAUUUUUUGAUUUUAGGAUGUAUUAUGCUACAUGGAACAUUUUCAAGUUACCACCAACUAAUUACUGACUACAGAGUAGGUUACUCAAGUCCUGGUUACUUAUUUACACAACGUUCAAGUCGGGUGUGUCACGCUGAAAGAUUGGAUGUCAUACAAUUGCUGCUCUUCUGGUCUGUUGAUGUGCAUCAGUGCUAAGAAGUAAGAUGAUGGCGUAUCCUGGCAGUGUGCUCACACGUAAAGAUACAAACAGCCUCAAGCUUGAUUUUUUUUUUUUUUUUUUUGAGCAUGUAGGUUUGAAGUCUGAAUGGUCAGGUAUUUUCUCAUGUUGUCACUAUCGGUGCAGAACAAAGCAGUUCAUUGCCAGAGGCAUGUGUUGCCAUGCACUGUUUCUCUUAUGCAAGUCUCUGUUGCUUGUUACUAGUGCAGUGCCCGUAUGGGGUGUGGCCCGUGUGGAACGGGUCGAUUGCUUGACUCCCAGUGGUGCUGCUUGCAGGGUUCUGACAAACCGCUCAGCGCUCGUUGACUUCAGGGAAGUGAGGAAGAGUUCGGUUGAAAAGUUAGUCGGUCCAGCAUCCAGCGCUGCGGACAACAUGUUUGACUCAGUCCGCAGAGCCCCGAAGCCCCGCCCCCGCUGCUUAACAGAGCGCUAUCGCUUGUUAGCUCAAAGUUUAUUGAUAUGUCACGUUGCACCAACUUCAGUGCUGCACGUCCUUGGGCCCCCAGCAAUACACCGCCAAAUGCAAAGUAGAUCAGAUGAAUGCUUCUCAAGACAUACGGCGGGCACACACAGUCUCACUGACACACACACGCGCACACACACACACACACACACACACACACAGACGUUAAGUUGUGCUAUACAGAGUACGUUUGAGUCUUUGAGUGGUUGUGGACAGUGCCAUUGGGACACUGUAAACAGCCUGUCUCAAUUUCAGAGGUUAGUAUUUUUUGGAUGAUACAUUUCAAUUUAAAAUGAAGCGUUUAUAUGUCACAGCUGCAUGCGAAGAUGAUUUUGGUAACAACUCUGGCAUCCGUCUUCAUUUCCACUGUAGCUGUAUAUGUUCCAUCUGAAAUUGCAGGACAGACUUUGCACUCAGCUAUGAAGUGAUGUAUCUUGUUCCAUUGCAUGGUGUAAAAGGGUUAUUUAACAUACUGGAGGUGAUUUCUGAAGAUCAGCAACAUCAAUGAAAGAUUUAGGAAUGUAGCAAUACAAUAAUGAUUGGAUUUUCUAUGAUUAAGGAAAUUAAGGAAUUGUUUUUAAGUUUUGCAAAAUAAGGAUUUAAAGUACUGAGUAGUAUUUUGUUCAAAUUUAGAAAAGGGGUUCUGGCACUGAUUUUAACAGCUUGAGGGAGACAUACAGUAGCCUGAAACCUCAGACCACAGGGAACAAAAAAAUGACCAGAUCAGGAGGUCUGUCAUGAUAAAAGCCCCUUCUGCCUGUGGGUUUCAUUGGGGGAAGGUCAAACUGGUAGGAAGUCCUGGUAACUCGAGGGAUCUGGGGCCUCCUGGUUCGUGGAAGCUGGGAUGCACCUGAGAGUGAAACUGAAUCAAGCCGUAGAUCUACUCUUUAUUCCUCUCCCUCCCUCCGUCUUUCUCUCUAUCUCAUCUUCCCUGCAGAAUUAGCAAGAUUAUUAUUUUUGUAGACAAAUAUUAAUAAUAAUAAAAAAAAGAGUUUUAUUACUGUACAGCUUUUGUAUAAGAACAGACGGUCAGGUGUUACAGUGUUUUUGUUUGACCUCAACUGUGCUGUGUGUAAUUGUUUUAUGCAUUUAUAAUCAUAUUUAUUAAAUGGAAAGAAGUCUGUUAACUGUGUUCUCAUUUUCUUACAAUAUUUGUAAAGAAAUACUAUGUAUUUGAGGAAGUAAUAUUCAACCUAUAAAGAAAAAAAAACAAGCCUGUGUUGGUAUUUUAUUCUACAUACAUAUACUUAUAUAUGUAUUUUGACAUUUGCAAACAUGCAACGAUACAAUUUGAGCUCAAAGUUCCACUCAGGUUUAUUUUUACAAUCUUUCAAUCGCACAUUGUUGUCCUCAGAGAACAGAGCCGGCUUCGGCAUUCACAUUUAGAUCAAGUGAUGACGCCUGUUUUGCUGAAGAAAUCCAUGAAAUGAGAUUGAAAUU